GCCGGCAUCUAGUCACUUGUAGGCGCACGCCCACUCGUCCUCGUAGUCUCCUACUACAUACACUGAACCAAACAUUCUCAACAGAAGCAAGCAGAAAAAAUAGCAGAGAGAGACAAUGGAGAACACCGCCGUCUUUGGAGGUCUCCACCGGAAUUAUCUCUUCUGCCCUUACCGCAGCGCCUCUUCCCUUCUUCUUCCCUCCUCUUCUUCCUUUUUCUCUAACCGGUCACUCUCCACUUCGUAUUCGUCGUCUCUGAAGCUUCCUUUUGCUUCUUACAAUAUCCACCAACAGGCUUCUCCUUUUAGUCGCGAUGCUGCAUUAUCUGAUACUUUCAGAUGCCAUGUCUUCCUUGAAUGCAGUAGGGAAGAAUCUGAAUUAGCUGACAUAGACUGGGAUAACCUAGGAUUCGGGUUUAUUCCCACUGAUUAUAUGUAUAUGAUGAAAUGUGCUCAAGGUGGAAACUUCUCUAAAGGUGAAUUACAACGUUUCGGGAACAUUGAAUUGAGCCCCUCUGCUGGAGUCUUAAAUUAUGGGCAGGGAUUAUUUGAAGGUCUGAAAGCGUAUACGAAAGAAGAUGGUAACAUUCUCUUGUUUCGCCCUGAGGAAAAUGCCCUGCGGAUGAGAAUGGGUGCAGAGCGGAUGUGCAUGCCAGCACCAACUGUUGAACAGUUUGUGGACGCUGUAAAAGCAACUGUUAUGGCAAAUAAGCGUUGGGUUCCUCCUCCUGGUAAAGGUUCCUUAUAUAUCAGGCCAUUGCUCAUGGGAAGUGGAGCGGUUCUUGGCCUUGCACCUGCUCCUGAAUACACCUUUCUCAUCUAUGUAUCACCUGUGGGGAACUACUUUAAGGAAGGUGUGGCACCAAUAAAUUUGGUUGUAGAGCAUGAACUGCAUCGGGCGACCCCUGGUGGUACUGGAGGUGUAAAGACGAUAGGAAAUUAUGCUGCGGUUCUGAAGGCACAAUCUGCUGCAAGAGCCAAAGGAUAUUCUGAUGUCCUGUAUCUUGAUUGUGUUCACAAAAAAUAUCUGGAGGAGGUUUCUUCUUGCAAUAUAUUUGUUCUUAAGGACAAUGUUAUCUCCACUCCUGCGAUAAAGGGAACAAUCCUACCUGGUAUUACUCGGAAGAGUAUAAUUGAUGUUGCCCGAAGUGAAGGGUUCAAGGUUGAGGAACGCCUUGUGGCAGUGGAUGAAUUGUUAGAUGCUGAUGAAGUUUUUUGUACGGGAACAGCAGUGGUUGUGUCACCUGUCGGCAGCAUCACUUAUAUGGGCAGAAGGGUGUCUUAUGGUGAAGGUUUUGGUGUUGUCUCACAGCGACUCUAUCAUAAGCUUACCAGGCUCCAGAUGGGUCUGAUAGAGGACAGUAUGAAUUGGACUCUUGAGCUGAGUUAGGCAGGCUGCAGUGGACCAAUUCUAGUUUGCAGUCUGAUCUCUCAAUAGGAAGCAUGAAUCCGUUCCUCUUUGUCGAAGUUAUAUCUGUUUUCGUCUCUCUCUUGUAAGGAUGAGUAGAUAGUUCUAAAAUGCAGUCUAUGAUUAAGAAAAUUGUGGGUUGACUGUUAAUUGUUGAAUGUCAAAAUGGCAUAAAAGUUCAACUAUAUUCUUGUGUGAUGGAAUUUUUAUCUUCCAGAGAGAGACUGGGAAGGGUUUUACUGGCAUCUACUAUUCCAUAA